AUGAAUAUGCCUCAAAGCCCUUCAUCUUGCAUCAAGACUCUUUCAAGAGAUUCAUCUGUGGGUCAAUCAUCAUGUGUCUAUUAUCGUAGUACCCUAAAUGAAGGGGUGCCUUUCGAUUGGGAAAUGCAACCAGGAACACCAAAACAUCAACAACGUGAACAGAUUAUUCCACCACCAACACCACCACCCGCAAUACAAAGCUUGGCAUUUUCUCGACCAAAUUUUGAUCUUUAUGAUGAGCCUAAAGAGUCAACACCUUGGCGAUUUUGGAAAAAAUUGGAACAUUUACAAUACCCUAAUCGUGUCUUACCAACUUUUAAAUGGAGUAAGGUAACUCCGAUCAAAGUCAACUAUUUUAUAUGGAGAGCGAUACAAAGGAAGAUUCCAUCCGCAGUGGCAUUGAAAUGCAAAGGGGUUGAUAUAGAAAAUGAUAAUUGUGGCGCUUGUGUUAACAUAUUGGAAUGCUCUGAUCAUAUCCUGAAAAUUGGGGAAGCAACCCAAGGAAGGCGAUAAGAUUCCUCAACAUAUGUCAUGACCUAAUCUGGAUCCUGUGGAAACUUAGGAAUGAGCGGGUGUUCAAUGGAGUAUUUCAUACUCCCAUUUAUGGUGCAGCGGCAAGUAAGUCGAUGGUGUACUUCUGGACAAAGUACAAGGGCAAUGAAGGAAUAGGUGAUUGGGAUAACUGGACCGUGUUUCCAUUUAUACUAUAAGUUCAUAAUAAUGUAUAUCAUUCCAUGUAUGUUUCUGCUUCGACCUUGUACUUCCGUUCCCCUGCUAGUUACUUACUAGUAGUGGUUCGUUUUUAUUAAUAUUAUUCGCCG